CGGUAAGGACAAGCAGCUGUCAAAACGUACAGUGCCGGUCACAGUGUAGAGGGUAAAACAAAUCCUGUUUAGAAAACAUGGCGUGUUGACAUCGUGACGACCUGAGGUUCUCAGCUCAAUGGCGACUCCAGCUGUUCGCAUGCUCCGCAGGUUGGAGGGUUUGUUCUGUGUCUACAAACCUUCCGGUGUUCACUGGAAACUCGUCCGGGACAACAUCGAGACAAGUCUUCUUAAAGGUUUAAACUCAGUUCCACAGCAGCCUUGUCCUCAGGAGAUUCGCUUCCUGGCUCAGCCGGGCGGUGACAGUGAAACACCCAGAGGACUCAUCCUGUCUGCAGCCUCUGUCCCUGCUCUGUCCAAACACCCUCUGGUAACUGGACCUAUAUUCCAGCAUGUUCGAGUCGGAGUCGGACAUCGCCUGGACGCCUCCUCCUCUGGAGUUUUAGUUCUUGCAGUUGGGAAUGGAAACAAGGUCCUGAACGAUCUCUACAAAACACGAAUCACAAGGGAUUACACAGUGGAGGGGACGUUUGGGAGUGCGACAGAAGAUUUCUCUGACACGGGUCGUGUUGUGGAAAGAUCCACUUAUGAUCACAUCACACUGGAUAAGCUGAACCGAGUUCUGGCCAUGCUGCAGGGAGCCAAUCAAAAGGCCAUGUUAAUGUAUUCCAACGUAGACAUGCGCUCACAGGAGGCCUAUGAGAUGGCUGUGCAAGGCCUGCUGGGUCCGGAGGGGAAAUCUGUGCCUAUUGUGACAGGCCUGCGCUGCGUUCACUUCCAGCCUCCCAACUUCACAUUAGAGGUGCAGUGCCUAAAUGAAACACAGAGAUAUUUGCGCAAAGUUGUGCACGAGAUAGGACUUGAGCUGCGCAGCACGGCAGCGUGUACAGGAGUCAGACGGACCAGAGACGGACCGUUCACACUGCAGGACGCUCUGACAUGUCACCGCUGGACGGCCUCUGGUGUCAUGCAGGCCAUCCAACAAUACCACUCCAGUCAGAAAAACAAAAGACGCUCCCAGUCACAGAUCAAGAAUCCACAAUUACAACCACCUGAGGAGAAUGUGAAAGAGUCGUCAACAUGAAACCAACGAGGAAGCAGCGGCAGCAGGUAGAAGGAAAUGACUUGAUGUUGAUAUAAACUAUAUAUAUAUAUAACAAUAAAACUGCUCUACAGUGACUCAACGAGUCUGGAGGCUGACCUAAAUCUUACACACUGGACCUUUAAGUGUUUUUUUAUUUUUUAUCUUGAAAUAAACUGAAAAAGAAUUUGACUAAACAUUUGAACUUUUUUUUUUCCUGCCAUUUGAUGGUUGGAGCUUGUGUGUGUACAGACCACAGACUGUAAGCACAGACAGGAUGUGGAGCAGUGUAUUUUGAUAAGGUGGUUGGAGCCAUAAUUCUGAUGAUUCCCCUGCUUUAUUUGUACAAAUACUCCCCCAAGUGGUGAAAAGUCAAACCUACCCCUUAUGCAAUAUUAAACGUGUUCAACCAGUUAUUCAUGAGAUCAGAUCUUGUAGUGUGUUUAUCAAAAGAAUAAAAAAGAGCCGGAAAUGAAAUUACAUUAUC